CAGUCAUUCAACCAACUAUCAAUCACUCCUAUCAAUUCACCCCUCCUCCACAUACCAACCUACACACAUACAUACAACCUAAUACCCUCUCUCUUAAAGGGUAUAAAAAGAAAAUGGCCUCCUCACAAACAACGCACCGCCUCCUCCGCGAACUAAAAGACUACACGAACUCUCCCAACGAAGCCCUCCUACACCUUGGUCCCGUCGACGAAGACGACCUCCUCCACUGGGAAGCAGUAUUAAAAGGUGUUCCGGGGACGCCUUACGAGAAUGGCCUCUGGACCCUCUCCAUCCAAAUCCCCCCAACCUACCCCCUCACACCACCGAAAAUCACCUUCAAGACGAAAAUCAGCCAUCCGAACAUCAGCUUCACGACGGGCGAGAUCUGUCUGACGUUGUUGACCACGGAGCAUUGGAGUCCUGUGUAUACGCUGAGUAGUACGUUGAGUGCGAUUCAUCAGUUGUUGACGGAUCCGAGACCCGAUUCGCCGCUUAAUGUCGAUGUGGCGGCGUUGUUGAGGGAUGGGGAUGUGGCUGCUUGGGAGAGUUUGGUGAGGUUUUGGACCGAGGAGGAGAGGGCUACUUUAUAAUUAUAAUUUAUUGCGGAGCGCGGUAGUGUGGAGGGAUUGGGGUGUGAAGGGUGGGAUAUAUAUAUAUAUACGAUGAGUUGGG